AUGGCCGCGCCGCAGACUCGCCGCCACCUGCAGGCCGCCUUCCUCCGCAGCAAGCCCCCCGCCCCCGCCCCCGUCAACGGGAAGGCCGGCGCGACCAAUGGGAAACCCGCCGCCGCCUCCUCCAAGCCCAACUCGCCCGCCUCGCCCGCCCAGGCACCACCAACGUCGUCGCUGGAGGAUAGGACGGUGAAGCAGCUCAGGCUGGCCAAGGCCCUGACUCUCCCGGAGGCCACCGCGGUGUCCGAGGCGUGCAGGAGGAUGGCCGCCAGGCGCGCCGACGCCAAAGGGGUGCUCUCAGGCAUCGUCACGGCCGAGGACAAACUGGAAAGGGGGAUUGGUGAUGGAUACACAGAACUAUUUAUUGCCACCGAGGCACUGCAGAAGAUGGUCCAAGGCAAAUUUCGGCAUCUUCCUGUAGUGGAGCAUGGUGAGGUCAUUGCCAUGUUGGAUAUUACCAAGUUCCUCUAUGAUGCGAUUUCUAGAAUGGAAAAGGCAGCAGAACAAGGUAGUGCUAUUGCCGCUGCUAUGGAAAGGGUCAAACGGCAGUGGGGAAAUGAAUUUGCAGGUCCGCACACGUUAAUAGAAAAUCUUCGAGAACACAUGUUCAAGCCUUCCUUAUCAACUAUCAUAACUGAAAAUAGCAGUGUUCCAUCAGUAUCUCCAUCAGAUCUGGUAACUGUAGCUGCCAAAAAGAUGAGAGAGUACCAAGUUAACUCAGUGGUUGUCAUGACAGGGAACAUGCUGCAAGGCAUUCUCACUUCCAAGGAUUUGGUUUUGCGAGUAGUGGCACAAAAUCUGUCCCCAGAGGUGACUCUGGUAGAAAAGGUCAUGACUGCAAGUCCUGAUUGUGCUACAUUGGACACAUCAAUCCUCGAGGCUCUGCAAUCAAUGCAAGAUAGAAAAUGUCGUCAUAUUCUUGUUGCGGACAAAAGAGGACAGAUUGUCGCCUGUUUGGACGCUCUACAGUUAACCCACACAGCCAUCUCCAUGGUUGAGGGAGCCUCUGGACCAAACAAUGUGGCAAAUACCAUGGUUCAGAAGUUUUGGGAUUCAGCACUUGCCUUGCAUCCUGCAGAAGACUAUGACUGGCAUAGUGACGAAUCUCGUACGGCAGCCUCAGACAGUGCUGAAGGAAAGCAAACACCCCCUCAUGUUGGCAAUGCAUUCUCUUUCAAAAUUGAAGACAGAAAAGGGCGAAUGCACAGAUUCAGUUGCGUUUCAGAAAGCUUAGAAGAGCUUGUGUCUGCUAUUGCAUACAGAUUAGGAACAGAAAACAAGAAGGCGAAUGUAAACCUUAUGUACAAUGACGACGAAGUUGAUAGAGUACUUCUGGCUACCGACGCCGACCUGGUUGCAGCAAUUGAACAUGCCAGAUCAGCAGGAUGGAAGGUUCUGAGGCUGCACAUGGACGACGGGUCAAAGAUCAGCGCAGAUCCCACACCGGCGUCGUCUGUGGAUACCUCAUCAGCAAGGAGAAGCUGGCCGUCCCUCCGGCUAGGUACAGUGGCCAGUGCAGCUGCUAUUGCUGGCGUCGGGGCAAUCGUCUACUUGAGAUGCUCUCGGCAAUGACUUCAAUAUACAUACCUCAGACUCAAAGAGCAUACUUCAACACUGCAUAGAUGUACUACGCAAGAGGAGGAUCACACAAAUCACGGCGGCAAUAAGGCUCUUGCCAAGCCUCUACACUGAAUUUUUCUCCAGGGUUUGCAGUCAUUCUAAAUGGACUUCAGAGAGCGUUUCUUCUUCUUCUUUAGUGAUCAAUUUCUGACAGCAGGGGUGUAUGUUCAGUUGUUUUUUCUCUGACUUUGGUUCAUCCUGAUGAACUAACAAUAACAUGAAUUAGUGUUUCUUUUUGCGCUGGAACUCUAAUCAGCCUAUAUAUUAUGGCUAAUUGACUGGUUGUCUCUUCAGCCUAUAUAUUAACAUGGAUCAAA